AUGUAUGAACAAGCAUUGAACAUUUGGAUGAAAUGUCUUCCAGAGAAUCCUUCAGACAUUGCACGUGCUCACAUGGCUAUUGCUUAUGUACAAGGUGAAUUAUUUUUGGGCAAUGAAGCUUUGGAACAUUAUAUCCAGGCACUCAAUAUCAUUAUAGGAACACUUUACUAUUCCACUAACAAUAAUCAAACUGCGCAAGAAUAUUUUGAAGCAUCUUUGGGAAUUAAAGAGAAAUUGUACCCAUCCGAUCAUCAAGCGAUGGCUGAUAGUUAUCAUAACCUAGGAUUAAUCUAUAAAGACAGUGGUGACUAUCAAAAAGCAGUACCACUCCUAGAACAAGCACUUGCUAUUCAAAACAAGUACUAUUCACCUGAUUAUGAGGUUUCAAUUCGACUUGUAAAUGACUUAGAAGAAGCAAAAGCUGCUCUUGUCUAA